ACGAUUCUGUUCUCCACUUGACUUCAUCAUUGCGUUAUUAAUCAGGUCUACAAAAGGUCCAUUUAUUGUAAAGACACUGUAGCACCAGAACUACUCGCACAUGUAUCAAGAAGACGCACAUACAUUGCAUCAUGAGCGAGUCCGCCCCUGUGCUGUACAACAUUCUAGCGUGGCACAGUUUACGGAAUGAUUUAAAGCCCCGAACCGGAGAGCACGACCACGAUUGAUUCACGACACGGUACAAUCCAUUCCAAAAUUCGUCCGGGCUUGUUCAGAAGCACUCAUCCAUGGAGUAGUCAAAACAAAUGAUUAUACGUAAUCACUGCUCGUAACGGAACAACACGUGGAUUUUUUUAUAUUUCAUCUCUGAAGUCCUGCUGAGAUUUCAAAGCAGUUGAAGGUGAUAGAAAGGGGAACAUGUCAUAACAGUCACAACAUAUGAUCUCGGAGUUUGAUCUAUAAAGGCAUAUUGGUGGAUCUAUAAAUGCAUAUUGUUAGAUCUAUAAAGGCAUAUUGGUGGAUCUAUAAAGGCAUAUUGGUGGAUUUAUAAAGGCAUAUUGUUGGAUCUAUAAAGGCAUAUUGGUGGAUCUAUAAAGGCAUAUUGGUGGAUUUAUAAAGGCAUAUUGGUGGAUGUAUAAAGGCAUAUUGGUGGAUUUAUAAAAGCAUACUGGUGGAUUUAUAAAGGCAUACUGUUGGAUCUAAAGGCAUAUUGGUGGAUUUAUAAGAAGUAUUGGCAGAUCUACAAGGCAUAUUGGCGGUCCUAAGGUGUUACACUAGCUACCUGUGUAGAAUGAUAAAUCGGCGGCGAGCUAGAAGAUGCGCGCGGAAUGUGGUUCUGUUUGUGAUCACAGUAGCGGCUAUUGUAUAUUUCAAUAUCCAGUACAACUGGCCAGUGUUUCACGUGUUCCGAAAUAAAAAUGUCCUCGCUCCAUGUAUUUUACCAAAAUUUGAUGUUUAUGAUCCACAGCUGGACCGAUUUUUCUGGAGCCAAGUUCCUCUCAAGUGCGAGACAUGGGAAAAUCUAGUAUUCAUCGACUCUAAUGGAAUGUUACGUAUUAAUCAGACCGCCAUAACGCGUAGUGGACACGGUCACGUGAGUUGCAAAUACGGAAAAAUACAACUGCACGGGGACUACAAAGUAAGCAUAGGGGAUUUAAAGGAAUUUAAAGAACCCGAGUAUAUCGAUACUGAUUUUAUUAAUGUGCAAUGUGUUAAUGACGAUCAAGAACAAAUAUAUAAUAACCUUCACAUGCAUGUUGAUAUCAAAAGUAUAAAGAAACAGAGAGAAAUCGGAACGGAAAACAUGGACCAGUUAAGUGUCUAUAUGUUUGGGAUCGACUCGAUGUCGAGACUCAUCACGGAAAGAAAACUGGAUAAAACCAUGGAAUAUUUAAGAGAAGAACUUGGUGCUUAUGUUCUCAAAGGAUACACGAAGGUAGGAGACAACUCGUAUCCUAAUUUGCUUCCGGUCUGGACAGGACUGAAAGCCUACACCAAAGAAGUGCCCCCAGGACUAGAUAACAUCCCCUUCAUAUGGAAAAACUUCUCCCGUAAGGGUUACAUCAACUUGCUGUCGGAAGAUCAUCCGGGUCUUGCCUCCUUCCAAGGCUUCCAGUCUCCUCCAGCCACACAUUAUUUACGGCCAUACUUCUUGGCUAUGGAGAAAAUCGUCAGUCCUCGAAGUGCACUCAACAAUGCCUACAUGUUUGUUCAACACAGAAACUUCUUGCAAAAUAACAUAUCUCCGAUGUGUUUCGGGAACCAGCUAAAACAUAAAUACGUCAUUGAUUAUACCCGACGAUUUGUAGAAACGUAUGGAUCUCACUUAAAGUUUGCUUAUACGUGGAUUACAGAAAUUACUCACGACUUUAUCAAUAUAGUUGAACUGGCGGACGAAGACGUUUUGGAACAUUUUAGAUGGCUGAAAGAAAGUAAGAGACUAGAAAAUGCUGUGCUUAUAUUUUUCAGUGACCACGGUCCAAGGUACAGCGAAAUGCAGAAUACUGCAGUCGGCAGAAUAUCUAACCUGCUCCCACUCUUUGCAAUGGUGCUUCCAGAUCAUAUCAAAUCUCGUUUUCCUCAUAUUCACCGAAACCUCAAGACAAAUAUUAAUAGAUUAUCAACACACUACGACGUCUUUGAAACACUGAAAGACAUUAUGAAUGCCGAUUUUACAGAGAAACCUUCCAUAGACGUCCUUAACAUCCCAAGGGGUAUCAGUUUGUUGCGAGAAAUUCCCACUGAUAGAAGCUGUAAAAACGCAGACAUUUCUGAACAUUAUUGUCCGUGUUACUCAUCCAAGGAGCUGUCUGCUCAAGACGAGAAAGUUCGGACAGUUGCUCAGUUCAUCGUUGACCGUAUUAAUACAUUUCUGCAAGAGAUCCCGGGAAGGUGCGCCAAACUUUCUCUGGGCACUAUAGAGCGGGCUUCUCUUGUGUAUGCCGAUAUGGAGCGAGACGCAGACGCUGAGAGCUAUUUCUCAUUCAGGAGUUAUUUAUGGAAAAUUGAGGAGAAAACUCGAAUUCUUGUCGCCCUUAAAACAACCCCUGGUGGAGCUCAGUUUGAAACUACAGUCGAAUAUCGCGGAAGAAAAAACAUAAAGCUUUUAGGAGAUAUAAAUAGGACUAAUAAAUACGGCAACCAAGCUAACUGUAUCAAAUUUGAAGAGAAAUUCUAUAGAUUAUACUGCCUAUGUCUGUAGGCUUGAGUACAUGGUUGUUAAUGUGUAGGAUAUAGUGUUGUAGCGUUGCUGAGGUUAUGUAUCACGGUAGAACAGCUGCUGUUGCAAGAAGUUUGAAGUCCCCAACACAAUUAGAAAAUCCUCAUUAAGCCAGAAACACCAAACCUUUAUUGGAAGAGACCUGAUUGACAGUAGAUCCAAAAGGGACAUGAUAAUUUUGUAGACACUUGUAUGAAGAUGGAUGGAUUGCAAUUGAUGAAUUUUGCAAUGUCACAGCCUCCACAAAUUUGUGCUUUGUUAAUAUGACAUUGAAGUUAACUUUUAGGAGAAGACACUCGUGGAUGCAUGGUUUUUCAACUGGCUAGCCGCAGUUUCACGUCAGAAUAAGAAAACAUUUCGCACAAUACACCAAUCGGUAAUGAUAUUCUCUGUAGGACGUCCUUAAGAUACAAGAAGUACUUUGAAUAUCAUAAACGGAAUGGUCCAUGUUCUAGAUAACGUUGAAACUUUGUCCAUAUGUUGGUUGGUGUUCUUGGGGAAUUUCAUUUUCUUGUUUUGCAAACUGUCAUACAUUCCGUGUUAGUAUGUUAAGGUGCUGUCGUUAACUCGUACACGGGGGUAUGUUCCAGCAUCCGGAUAAAACCUUAUAUAAAGCUUGGAAGUAGGCUACACGAACCAUUACGAAUUAAAUCAUCUUGUAGCUCCAUAUUUCGUAAUGUUAUACAAAGUUUUAAUCAAAUGUAAUUAUAAACAUUCAAAUGAAUGAGUGCGGAAAGUUCACCAGCUACAUAUCGAUCCAAAGAUUCUUUUGUGUGCUUUUGUUUUUCAGUUUUGUCUUUUUUUAUUUGAUUUACAUAGCUGUAGGUAUGGAAGAAAGAAAUGCUUGCAAAUUGUGAUUUUUGUUUUGGUGUUGAUAGUAUAUUAUCACCUGCAUAUGGGUUUUUAUCUCUUAACUGAUUCGAGAGCAUGUUCUGAGUAUAAUUAAUUAUUAAAUCAAGGCAGGACACUGACAAAUAAGUUAAUGUUACAGUGGUUUCAAUAGCCUCGUUUGAAGUUGGCAUUUCGCAAAUUCUAUAGUUGUUCUAAUGAUCCGAUUUGCAAAUACAAUCUAGCGCUGGAUUGAAGGUUGUCUGACGUAUUUUCACUUAAAUUUGAGCGUUAUCCAUGAAUUGCUAAUCCUGGAAAUAUUCUUAUUUCGAACUCAUAUUACUGAAUUGAUGUACCCGAAAGAACAAUUGUAUACAAAAAUGUUGUACAACCACCAGUAAUUUUCGUGAAUGUUUUUAGAACUAGCCAACCUGAAUUCUGUUCCAAGCUAUGAAUCAUGUUGUUGUAUCGUUACUCCAUUGAAUUUAAAAAGUGACUUACUUUGACUUAAUCCACUUCGUCCUAGGGGGGGGAGGGCAUAGGGCGAUCACUGCAGCACUCCACUUCUUUCUGUCUUUGCCCAAAUUCUUUAUUUCUCCUUACGUCUUUUCUAUUUUCUGUAUUUUAAAGGUAAAAUCUCUUCGCCAGGUUUUUGACAUGCCUCUUGGUGACCCUGAAGGUCCCAGUCUAAAUCAUGAUAUAUCAUAUUGGUGUUCUUUUUUCCUCAAUGUGUGUACAGUCCAUUUCCAUUUUCUGAUCACCCGUUGUCCGUCUGUCUGUAAACUUCACAUUUUCGCCUUCUCACCAAAACCACUGGGCCAGUUUCAACCAAACUUGAUAAAAAGCAAUCUUGGGUGAAGGGCCUUCAAGUGUGUUGAAAUGAAAGGCCAUGUCCCCUUCAAAGGGGAGAUAAUCACAAAAUGCAAAAAUAGGGUGGGGUCAUUUAAAAAUCUUCUCAAGAGCCACUAGGCCAGAAGAGCUGAAGUUUACACGAAAGCUUCCGGAAAUAGUGCAGAUUCAAGUUUGUUAACAUCACGGCCCCUGAUGGUAGGAUGGGACCACAAUAGGGGAUUAAAAGUUUUACAUACAAGUAUAUAGGAAAAAUCUUCUCAAGAACCACUGGGCCAGAAAGGUUAACAUUUACAUGAAAGUUUCCUGACAUAGUGCAGUUUCAAGUUUGUAAAAAUUAUGACCCACGGGGAUAGGUUGGGGCCACAAUAGGGAUCAAAGUUUUACAUGCGAAUAUAUAUAGGGGAAAUCUUUAAAUAUGGGCCAAGGCACGCAGGUAAGCGAUGGGGCCCAUGAGCCUCUUGUUUAUCAUUGUUUGGAUCUUUGGUUUUAUGCCGUAAGUUGUUGAUUUUGUUGGGCCAUUUUAAUCAUGUGAUGUUUCUUAGUAAACUGGUUCAAGAA